UGCCUGUGAAUACGUCAUAUCUUUGGUUGGUGACCAGGUAUUUCCUGACUCUUACAUCUUACAUCAUGCUGCCUCUCAGAGCAGACACAGAUAUUUUGGUAAUGUGUGGGAGGCCCAUCCUUGGAGCAAAAAAGAGGUUCAAGCUCCAAAUGUCCUAUUGAAGGAGAAAUAAAUAAACCACAGAUGGCCUAUUAGGAGUUCUUCAAACAUAAGCAACCCUAAAGGUUUCCACUCCCCUUAUCUCUCCAUGAGCAGUCACAAUGCACUAGCCAGGUAGAUCUUUCCUGUUCCCAAUCAUGGCUCCAACAGCACCUGAUUUCCAGGUCUGCUUCUGCCCAUUCUUUGCAACUAUCUCUCUUCUCAUGUGUUCUCCAUGUUGCUUCCUAAAAAUUUGAGCCAUGAAUGAGGAGCUGUUCUCAGCAACUUGGCUAAGGGCCGGCCUGUUGUGGCUGCUGCCAUCAAUGGACGUCACAGCAGGAAAAUCUGCCUUCUGCUGUGGAGGGGAGGGGUACUUCUUUCUUACUAAAUUUAAACUCCUGGGUGGUGAGUGACUGAAAGGGCUAGUUCCAGAUUUCUGUUGGUCCAGAGAACAUUUGCCCAAACAGGGACGGUUCACCAGGAACUAGUGUCAGUCCAGAGUAGAAAAAAGGAAGUCUCCAUGGAUAGUUUUAGGGUUAAUCCCCCACUCCCAGCUCUUCUACCAAAUUCCCUCUGCCUAUCAUACUCUCAAUGAUAGGCCCAUUCUGAUGCAAGCCACUGUGAUGUUCUCUUUCUCCCAACCUGCUGUAAUCAAAACUCACUCAUUCUUCAAGGUCCACCUCCUCUCCUUGACCACCCAAGCCCACAUAAAUCUCUCUGUACUUUGAGCUCUUCCAGCACUUAAGCACUCAACUAUAAGUUAUUAUAUGUUAUAUAUUCUGGCUUUAUCAUUGAGUGAUUUUAAGCAAAUCACUGAACCUAUCUGGGUCUCAGUUUUCUCCACAGUCGAAUAAAAAAAAAAAAGCCAAAGUUCCUUCCUAAAUCUGUGAUCCUAGAUGAUUUCCAAGCCCUUCUCCCAGGCUAACCCGUUUGUACAAGGGGACCUAACAUUCCCCACCUCUUUAUUUCAACUCAUGUCCUUCUCCUCCUGAAAAUCUUUCUAGAUGAUCCAAAUAGUGACUCUCUCAAUACACUCGGAUAACUAUCAUACAAUAAAAAUCUCUACAAUUCAGGCUUUCUUAAUUGAGAACCCAUGAUAAUUUGGACCCAACAAGAUUGUUGUAAGGAUGAUGUUUUUGUAAACUAUAAAGCAGGGGUCCUCAAACUUUUUAAAUAGGGAACCAGUUCACUGUCCCUCAGACUGUUGGAGGGCUGGACUAUAGUAAAAACAAAAACUUUGUUUUGUGGGCCUUUAAAUAAAGAAACUUCAUAGCCCUGGGUGAGGGGGAUAAUCGUCCUCAGCUGCCACAUCUGGCCUGCGGCCAUAGCUUGAGGACCCCUGCUAUAAAGCAUUAUAUAAAUGCAUAUUAUCAUUAUUAUCCCUAAAUACCUCAAAAACAGGCCUGAAGCUAAUUGGGAGAGGGUCUGUAUUUUUGUUUGUAUUUUGGUCAGGAUGUGUGAUUUCAUAAUUAGAAAAAUGAAGUGUGGAAACUCUCUACUGAUGCAAACAGAUUUUAGUUUUUCAACUUGGUGGUCUUAGAGAGCUGCUGAGGACCCAAAGAAAUUUACCAGCCUGCCCAAAGGUAGCUCUUUCUGACUCUCUAGCUCAUUGUCUGAAGCCCUGCUUUCUUGGCCACCAUUCCCUGCUCUUUUGCUCUCUUCUCCCCAGUUAUCACCCUUAUGAUUUUGAUUUCUCUUGUGUCAUUCCUGCAGGUUGGUGGUUUGUGAGCACAUCUGAAGAACAAGGUUGGGUCCCAGCCACAUACUUGGAAUCCCAGAAUGGCACUCGGGAUGACUCAGAGAUCAACACCUCCAAAGCUGGGGAAGUGUCUAAGAGACGCAAGGCCCACCUGCGGCGUCUGGAUCGGCGGUGGACACUGGGCGGGAUAGUCAACAGGCAGCAGAGUCGAGAAGAGAAGUACGUCACAGUGCAACCGUAUACCAGCCAGAGCAAAGAUGAGAUUGGGUUUGAGAAGGGGGUCACUGUGGAGGUGAUCCAGAAGAACCUAGAAGGAUGGUGGUACAUCAGGUAUCUGGGGAAAGAGGGCUGGGCACCAGCAUCGUACCUGAAAAAAGCCAAGGAUGACCUCCCCACCCGGAAAAAGAACCUGACGGGCCCCGUGGAGAUCAUCGGCAACAUCAUGGAGAUCAGCAACCUGCUGAACAAGAAGGCGUCUGUGGAGAAGGAGGCCCCCGCUGACAGUGAGGGCCCCGAGACGCCCGUCACCAAGAAGGAGAUCAGCCUGCCCAUCCUGUGUAAUACUGCCAACGGCAGCACGACAACGGGCUCUCCAGAUAAGCCGGGAUCGAAGCUGGCCCAGGGGUCGCCAGCUGUGGCCAGGAUCGCACCCCAGAGGGCUCAGAUCAGUUCCCCAAAUCUAAGAACAAGACCUCCACCACGCAGAGAAUCCAGUCUGGGGUUCCAGCUGCCAAAGCCACCAGAGCCCCCUUCUGUCGAGGUUGAGUACUACACCAUAGCCGAGUUCCAGUCUUGCAUUUCGGAUGGCAUCAGUUUCCGGGGUGGACAGAAGGCAGAGGUCAUUGAUAAAAACUCAGGUGGCUGGUGGUAUGUACAAAUUGGAGAGAAGGAGGGAUGGGCCCCUGCAUCAUACAUUGACAAGAGGAAAAAACCGAAUCUCAAUCGGCGUACCAGUACUCUGACCCGGCCUAAGGUUCCUCCCCCUGCUCCUCCCAGCAAACCCAAGGAGGCCGAGGAGGGAUCAUCGGGGACCACAGAAAGUCAGGACUCCCCACUGAAGCCCAAAUACGAGGAGCCAGAAUAUGAUAUUCCUGCCUUUGGCUUUGACUCUGAGCCAGAGUUGGGAGAGGCUCCUGGAGAAGACAGCUCUGGAGAGAAACGUUCCUACCCACCCCGGCGGUCUUCUCCAGCAUCUUCCUUGCAGAGGGCCAAAUUUAAGGUGGGUGAAUCAUCUGAGGACGUGGCCCUGGAGGAGGAGACCAUCUACGAGAACGAAGGAUUCCAACCCUAUGUGGAGGAGACCAAGGAGUCCAGUGGGGAGGCUGACUCCCUUAGGGGCUCCUUGCUUUCCCUCAACAAGAGAAGCUCACCCAAAUCCAGUUCUCCCAAGUCAUCCUUCAUAAAAUUUAAGGCAGAAAAAAAUGUUCAGCCAGAGCUGGGGAAAAACCAUUCCACUGCCUCUUUCUGUUCUUCAGUGACCAUCAAUACCACCUGCUCCUCCUCUUCCUCCUCCUCUUCCUCCUCCUUAUCCAAGAAUGGAGACAUGAAACCCAGGUCAGCCUCAGAUGCUGGGUUACGGAGCCCUCCCAAGGGUAAUGUGAAAGAGAUUGCUGACCUGAAAGCUGGGCAGAACUUAUGCUCCAGAGCCAAGCCAUCAGUCCGACCCAAACCCUUCCUAAGUAAAGGAGAAUCCCAGAGCCAAGAGAAAAUGGACAUCAGCAGCCUCCGGCGUCAGCUGAGACCCACGGGGCAGCUCCGGGGUGGUCUCAAGGGUUCAAAGAGUGAAGACUCUGAGACGCUUCCACAGACAGCAUCCCAGGGACCUGAGGAGGGGGGCAGAAGAGGUUCAGCCGACUUCAUCACCCUUCCCACCCAUGCUCAUCCUUCCCCCAACAAUUGGACUAAGAGAGAUCAGGAGAAGGAGGCUCAGGGCUCCUCCUAUAUAACUUCGGAUGCCUACCAGAAGGUGCAAGACUCAGAGAUCAGCUUCCCUGCUGGUGUGGAAGUGGAAGUCUUGGAAAAGCAGGAGAGCGGUUGGUGGUACGUGAGGUUUGGAGACUUAGAAGGCUGGGCCCCUUCCCACUAUCUCGUCCUUGGAGAAAACGAACAAUUGGAAUCUUGCACAAAGGAUUUGGACUUGACUUCUUCCAGGAGCAAGAAGAAUGAAGGUAAAUCAGAUAGUCUGGAAAAGAUUGAGAAGAAGGUGCAAGCUCUGAACACCGUAAACCAGAGUAAGAAAAUCACGCCACCCAUCCCCUCCAAGCCACCUGGAGGCUUCGCCAAGACCUCUGGACUGAGCAAUGGGCCAGUCAAGAUGAGGAAUGGCGUGAGGCAGGUCACUGUGAGACCCCAGUCAGUGUUUGUGUCACCACCUCCCAAGGAGAACAACCUCUCCUGUGCCCUGCGGAGAAACGAGUCCCUCACGGCCACAGAUGGCCUCCGCGCCGUCCGGCGGAACUCCUCCUUCAGCACCGCUCGGACGGCCGCCGGGGACGCCAAGGGCAGCCUGGCCGAGAGAUCGGGAAGCGAGGGCUCCGACGCGGCAUUGCUGCCCGCCCAGAGAAAUGGGAUCCCCGUGUCCACCGUCCGGCCAAAACCCAUCGAGAAGUCUCAGUUCAUACACAAUAACCUCAAAGACGUCUACGUCUCCAUCGCCGACUACGAGGGGGAUGAAGAGACGGCGGGAUUCCAGGAGGGGGUGUCCAUGGAGGUGCUGGAGAGGAAUCCCAAUGGGUGGUGGUACUGUCAGAUCCUAGACAGUAUGAAGCCCUUCAAAGGAUGGGUGCCUUCCAACUAUCUCGAAAAAAAGAACUAGCCAUUUGCAAGGAACUUCUCUGGGCUGUAAUUUUGCUUGCUUCAGCUGUCUCCUGGUAAGAGAACCAAGAUCACCCCCACCCCCCAAAAAGAAAGAAAUAAUUUUAAAAUGGGGAAACAAAACCAAAGGCGAUGGGUGACCAGAAAGCCAUUCUUCAAAUUCGUGCACCUUGGCUGAAUGGAAGAGUGUUUGGGGGACCCAAGGGGAGGAUGAAUGGUUCAUAGGUUUAGGAAGGAAGUGAAGAAGAGAGGGGGAGAAUUGGGGGGAGGGGGCGGGUAAAGUGAUUGAUGUCCAAGGGCAUUGGGGUAGGGUAGGGAAAGGAGAGAAGAAAAGGGAUUUGCCUGAUGUCACCGAUGGGCUGUGUGAUUGGACCCUCUCCUGGAAGCAAGGCUUUGAAGAAAAACAUGAUGUGUGCCUUUGGCUGAUAACUUUGACAGGGUAGAAAAGACCUCCAUGCUGGUCCCUGCCAGAAUGGCACCCAAUCAUCCUUCACCUCUGUGGUCAUGGGAUGCUACGGGCAUCUCACUGUCAAACACACCCCUGGUAAAAGAUCAUUUAUUUGGGGGUUUCAGGUUUUAUCUCUUCCUUUAUCCCUGAGAAAAGAGCUUUUGAGCAUGGAUUUUAACUUUCCGGGCAGCUUUGUUUA